AAAUUAUUUCUUCAAUAACUAACUGGCAAGAAGUGCCUUUCGAUUUCCUUGUUUUUGACGAAGCUUCUCAAGUUCCUUUAGAAAAAAGCAUCCCACUUUGGGCCCGAGCUAAAAAGUACCAAGAAGAAAGAGAAGAGGAGAUAAAAUAUCGAGAAAAAAACAUCAAUUUAGAAAUUGACGAUUUAGGGAAAAACAGCAACUUAUUAACUUAUGCCAAAAAAUAUGCCCGCAACAAAGAAAGAUUAACUUUAUUAUAUCACUAUCGUUCGCGUUAUCCAGAAUUAAUUGAUUUUUCUAACCAAGCUUUUUAUAAUGGCAUUUUGCAAAUUGUUUCGGCAAGUGAAAAGAGAAGAGACUAUUCUCCGAUUGAAUAUCAUUAUCAAUCUGAGGGGCGAUGGAUAGAUACAGAAAACCAAGUGGAGGCUCGUUAUAUCGCCGAAUUAUUAAAAAAACCCUCGCUAAUUGGCAAAUCGGUUGGCAUCAUUACUUUUAACAGCAAACAAAGAGAUUUAUUGAUAGAUUUAAUUGAAGAGGAAAGCAACUAUAAAAAUUUGUUUAUUAAAAAUUUGGAAGAAGUGCAAGGCGACGAAAGAGACAUUAUUAUUUUUUCCAUUGGCUAUGGUCAAAAUAAAGAAGGAAAAACUCUGCUCAACUUCGGUCCCUUGAGUAAUGAGGGAGGAGAAAAGAGAUUAAAUGUUGCAAUAAGUCGAUCCCGGGAAAAAAUAAUUGUUGUUACUAGCCUUAUGCCGACUGAUUUAAACAGAAUUAUCGAGAAAGAUGAAAACCGAAAAUUGGAUAGCCAACUUCAACAAUACGUCUUGGGAAUUGAAUGUGAUGGAGAAUAUUGGCACGGCAAAUUAGAAAAUAUUGAAAAGGAUAUUUAUAGACAGCAACUUUUAGAAGACAGAGGUUUAGAAUUAAAGAUGUGGCCGGAUUAUCCGAUAAUUGCAGGUGUUGAUGAAGCCGGAAGAGGAGCUUUGGCCGGGCCAGUAAUAGUGGCAGCAGUCAUUCUACCAAUUGGUUUCCAAAAUCCUUUGAUUCAGGAUUCUAAGAUACUUAGUCCGAGGCAGAGGAAUAGGGCCUAUCAAAUAGUCAAGCAUGAAGCUUUAGAAUACAAUAUAAUUGCCAAAAGUGUCCAUGAGAUAGAAGAAAAAAACCCCUUAGGAGCCACCAAAGAGGCCAUGGCCGAAGUUAUUUUGGGUCUAAAGAAAAAACCUGACUUGUGUUUAAUUGAUGGAAAAGAAGAAAUAAAAAUAGAGCAAAUUAAGACUAUAAGUAUUACAGGAGGAGAUAGAAAGUCUAUUAACAUUGCAGCUGCUUCCAUAAUAGCCAAAGUAACACGAGAUACUAUCAUGCAAAAAUUACAUAAAAACUAUCCUCUUUAUAACUGGUUCGAAAAUAAAGGAUAUCCUAACAGGACUCAUCUCCGAGCCCUUUUUCGUCACGGAAUAUGCAGUUUACACCGAAAAACUUAUGAACCGAUCAAAAGUCUAAUAAAACCGAAUUGUGAUAAAAAAAAACUUCGAGAGAAAUAUAAUCUUUAA